CUAGCCCAGAACAUGUUCUUCUAAAAGGUCAAAUAUCUUAAUCGAGCAAACCAUGUUUAGGAAAAUGGCGUCUAACAGCGAAGAAAUCGGAAAGGCUUUAAAAAAUGUUUUGGAAAAAAUCCAAAAAGCAUCAGAUGGAAGACCAAAGAACCUGCCAGAUAUUCCUGUUAGACUUGUAGCAGUGACCAAGACUAAGCCAGUCUCUGACAUCAUAACUGCAUAUAAUCAUGGCCAGAGACAUUUCGGAGAAAAUUACGUACUUGAGUUGGAAGAAAAAGCUAGACAGCCUAUUAUACUAGAGGAAAU